UGUUUUUCUUUAAAAUCGACGGAUCAGUUGUCUAUUUUAAUAAUUAUAAUAUCAACAACUUUCGUCGUCGAUAAAUUUAAAUGAUGAAAAUCUUCUUUUAAAAUAGGAUGAAGGGUGUAAAUUUAUUAUAUAAAAUAGAUGGUUAAUAUGUUGAUUUUUGUUUUAACUAAAAUCAACGAACUUACGGUCGAUUUUUAUCAACAAAAAAAUUAUGCCCGCGCUUAUUACCCGCGUCUUUCGUUUCGAUCAAUUUCCCAAACAUUAACCCCAAACCUCCAGAGAAUAAAGUUCAGAGUGAAACUGCUGCUGCUUCUUCUUCUCCAACGCUUGAGAGUAGAGACCAAGGACGGAGUCACCGUCAGGAAGAGAGACAGAGAGUAGAUCAGUAGAGCUUUUUCUUCUCCGACGACUGAGAAAACCCGCCGUUCUCCGUCGGAGAGCAGAGCUUCUUCUUUUUCUCCUCCUCCUCCACUGAGCCCGCCGCCGCGCCAUCUUGUUCAUGUCUUCAAUUCAAAGAUUGAUGAAGAAAGAAAGGCAUUCCGGGCUGGCAAGUACAAGUGGCAAACUUACAAAGAAGUGUACGAGGUGAUACAGAAAGUUGGAAGCUCUAUCCGCAGUUUGGUUACGGGCAAGGAGUAAAAUGUGGUAUCUAUGGUGCCAAUUGCCCUGGGUGGAUAAUAAGCAUGGAGGCCUGUAAUGCUCAUGGACUUUAUUGUGUUCCUUUGUAUGAUACAUUAGGUGCUGGAGCAGUGGAGUUUAUUAUAUGCCUUGCAGAGAUCUCAAUUGCUUUUGUAGAAGAAAAGAAGAUACCCGAGCUAUUGAAGACAUUUCCAAAUGCAUCGAAGUUUUUCAAGACAUUUGUGGCUGGUUUUUAGGUAUGCAAUUCUCAAUUGGAAAGUUAUUCAAGCAGCAAUCUCUUUGGCUGGCCAAACAGGAAGGUCUUCUUGUUUCUUUGGAUUUGGCUAGUUUUGAGAUGGUGAGAAAAUUUAAGCCACCACUUAUGAAGUUAUUGGAGUCUGGCAAUAUAGACCUCUGUUUUGCCAAUCAGGAUGAAGCAAUGGAACUUUUAAGGAACGGGACUUGUAGUCAGGAGCAAGGAAGAAAUGCAGCGGCACGCAAGCCUGGUCAUUCUCAAUCCGGUGAACACAAUAAUGCAGAGGCUAUUCGCAAUUUCCAUAUCCCUUCUGAAAAAAUACCUUCCACUUUUCGACUUUUGCAUGUGCAGCAGCUACCACCUUGGGCAAAUACUUCUUCUGUUGCAAUAGAUGAUGUUAUUCAGGUAAUGAAAUCAUGAAAUGACUGCUGCAGGGCAGUGUUGACACUCU